CAGCGGCUUCCGUUAAUGAAUUAAUCCGCUAACGAGGGUGGGCUCGGCGGCCCGUGCCCCCUCCGGUCCCGGCAGCCGCCUCCUCCCCCGGAGGGGGCAGUGACAGGCAGCGGCUCCUGCCCCAUGUGACUGGGGAGCGGCUGCCCCGUCCAUGGCUUGGCCUCCCCCGGGCAGCAGCAGCUCCGGCUCCCGGGGAGGAGGGGCGGGGGCUGCUGCUCCAUGGGGAGGAAGGGCAGCCCCCGAUCCCCCCAGGCGGAGGGGGGAUCCCGGGCCGCCUCCCCCCCGUCCCCGCUCUGGGCCUUACCCGAGGAGCUGCUGCUCCUCAUCUGCUCCUACCUGGACGCGCAGGCCUUGGGCCGCCUGGCCCAGGUCUGCCGCCGCCUGCGCUUCCUCAGCGGCCGCGAUCUCCUCUGGAGGCGCAUAGCCCGCGGCUGCCUCAACUCCGGCUUCACCCAGCUCGGCACCGACCUAGCUGCUGGCAUUCCAGUGAAGGAAAGGGUGAAGGUAUCUCAGAACUGGAGGCAUGGACGCUGCCGGAGGGAGACAGUCCUGAAAUGGAAAUGCAAUUUGAUGCCCUGGAUGGAGCUGGAUGGCGAGUAUCUCUACCUGUCUCAAGCGGAGAACAUCCAGGCCUACCACCUCUGUGCAGAAGGGACAGGUUUGCAGCGUCACCCUCAAGCCAUCUUCUCUGGCCACCAGGAGGACGUGUGUCGCUUUGUUCUUGUCAACUCCCACAUCGUCAGUGGAGGGGGAGAUGGAAGUAUUGUCCUUCACAAGAUCCACGGCUCCUACAGCGUCAAGUUCUCUGCGCAUGAACAGGAGGUGAACUGUGUGGACUUCCAAGGUGGCCUCAUUGUCAGCGGCUCCCGGGACCGAACAGCGAAGGUUUGGUCCCUGUCCGUGGGCAGAGUUGGUCAAUGUCUACAUACAGUGCAGACAGAGGAUCGAGUGUGGUCCAUUGCUAUCAGCCCAUUAUUAAGCAUCUGCCGGUACCACUGGAGACAAAAUGGUGAGCUGGAUGGGCCAUGGCUUGACAAAUGUGGGCAUUUCUCUUCUUCUUCUGGCCAUGGUGCCAGUCCAGCACACAUCUACCCCAGCAUUUGGUGUUCAGCAGUGGUCAGCAGUAAAUGUCUAUGGAGAAGCUCAUUUGUGACGGGGACAGCCUGCUGUGGACAUACCUCACCUCUGAGAAUCUGGGACCUUGAGAGUGGUCAGCUGUUGACCUGUUUAGGGACCGACUUCCACCAUGGAGCUGGAGUCCUGGAUGUGUUCUACGAAACACCCUCCCUUCUCCUUUCUUGUGGGUACGACACCUACAUCCGCUACUGGGACAUACGGACCAGCACCAGGAAGUGCGUCCAGGAGUGGGAAGAGCCCCAUGACAGUGCCCUGUACUGCAUAAGGAGUGACAAGAACCAUAUGAUUGCCAGCGGCUCUUCCUACUACGGCGUGGUGCGCCUCUGGGAUAAGCGGCAGACUCGGUGCCUGCAGAGCUUUCACCUGUCUUCACCCACCAGCAGCCCAGUGUACUGCCUCCGUUUCAGUACCACCCACCUGUAUGCUGCCCUGGCAUCAGCCCUGCAUGUCCUGGACUUCACGGCCUCGUGAAGGGCACCACAGCUGCUUCUGGUGACCCCAACUCAGCAGAGCUGACACUUGGCUCAGGGAAUUGCAGGGCAGGAGAGGUGAGAAAGGCCCACAAGGCUUCUGAAGGGACUUUUUCCUGCCAGAAAGCUACAAUGAAGAGUGCACAAAGGGCCAAACUUUCUCAACCUCAUCUGCCUGUUAGUGAAAAUAAUAGGCCCAUUGUCCUUUACCCUUUUUAUUUUGUGCAAGUCAGGGUUUGUUUUAUUAACUGUGUUCCUGUUUUUCUUUCUUUUUUUUUUUUUAAUUUCCUUUUUUUUCCUGUGGAUACAUCAUUUGAGGGGCAAGUUGAGCCAGGAUGCCCCAUCAGCUAUGUGCUGGUCAGGUUGAGAUCAGCCAAGCUCUAAGCAUGUGAAGCAAGACUAGGCUGUGUGUAGGGUGGACUGAUUUGGUGGAAGGGAAAGGUGCCUGGAGUGAGGACCACCUUUCUCCUUAACUUGCUGUCCUGCCAGCUGCUUGUGUUGUCCUUCACACCCAAGAGCAACAAUUGAGCUAAAAGGCAGAGCCAGCCCUGCUUUCAGUGUGCCUCCCCAAGCUGGCCGUCAGGUCAGGCUGUGCACUUGGCAGGGCUGAAAUGGUCGUGUUUUGCUAAAUAAAACUGAAAGGAAACAGAA